AGCAACUAACGCGCCGUACCUAAGUUAACGGCACUCAUGGAUGUGCAACCGUUUAUGAAGAUCCAAGUAGCUUUCCUUUAAAUAUUAAGCUCCGUGAAAUAUAUAUUUACUUAUUGCAACCUGCAUAGUAAUAACGAGUGGAGAAACUACCUCAAGGCCUCAUGGCCUCACAGAAACCACGACAGUCAAACUCCGACGAUGAAAGUACGCGCGCCAGUCGUCAAGGCGUCCUGAAGGCAACUGCGGCUUCUCAAACCCCGAACGAUACAGAUGGUACCAAGAAUAUAAGGCCUGCAACGACAACUACAGGAGAGAUCCAACCCCGCAGCUGGUAUGGUGGAGGGUCCUGGCCGAGGAUAAAAUCGGGGAUAAAAUCGAAUCCAUCUAUACAGGUCGUAAAGGAAUCUAUUAUGGCUGGCAAAUCUGGCAACAACUCCCGGCCAGCCGAUGUUGCGCUAUUCGAGCAAAGAACUCCGGCGGGGCCACAACCCUCCAAAGCCACUGUCUCUCGCCCAGCAUCUAUGGAUCCCGGGAAAAGCAAAGAGACACUUGAGCUCGUCUCCGGAGAACCCUCGAUCAAAGAUACCACUAGAGGCACUUAUGACACUGCGAACGGACCGACAACACAUUCCGCGAAGCCUACUGGCGACGAAUCGAAAUCGACAGAUACUGUUGUUGAGCCCGAGUCUGAUAAUUCAAAGCCUGAAUCAGACAACGUUGUGGAACGACCAAAAGAAACUGGGUGGUUAGAGUGGCUGCGGCCCACAAAAGCCGGACAUAACGUCCAACAUGGAUCAGUUGCUGCUGAAGAAGCUGUCCCAUCUGUCGAUGAACCUCAGCAACCAUCCAAUAAUGUGCCAUCUUCAGUCGACAAAACGAAGCCGCAAUCUCCAUUGGCUUCAACUGUUGCUACUGAUCCUCGACAGAACGCAGAAACCGGCCAACAUAGGCGAACAGAGCCAAACAGCCGCUGGCCGGGGUUAUGGCCUGUAUCUAACUCCACUAUCACAGUUGCUCGGCCCGAAGAAAAUAACAGCGAACAAGAACUCAUAAAGCCAGAUUUAACUAUGGGCAAAGAUAACGAACAAAGUAGCAACGCUACAACCACCGGCUCUAGCUGGGCUUUCUGGUCUAGACAGGUUCCAAGCGCAACUUCACAAACAACCAAUUCUGAUGAGAUGGGGGAGAUCGCUGUUACUGGAGAACCGUCGCAAGAACAUCCAGUGGCGGCUUUGUCCAACGGGCCUAAAACCGCGAAAGCAGGACCAGAGUUACCAGCUAAGACGGCUGCAGUCACGAGUUCCUCUUCUACAAAAUCCAUCGCUCCGAAUCUAUUACUCCCUUCUUUCAGAAAUACCUACCAUCUAGCAGAGAGCCCGUCAAUAAUACAGCAAAUCGCCCGUCUGUUAUUUCGUAGCCACCAACCUCCGACGAACCAUCUUUUUGUAAUCAAGGACCCACCCAAGAUCAAGAAAGCAAUUGCAAUCGGAAUACAUGGGUUAUUUCCAGCCGCUCUCUUGAGGACAGUGAUUGGGCAACCGACAGGAACUUCGAUUCGAUUUGCAAACCAUGGGGCCUCUGCUAUUGAGAGAUGGGCUGUAAAAAUGGGGGUCCAGUGUGAUAUUGAGAAGAUUGCUCUUGAAGGUGAAGGGAAGAUUGCGGAACGCGUUGACCAUCUAUGGAAGCUUCUUCUAAAUUGGGUCGAACACGUUCGGCAAGCUGACUUCAUCCUUGUGUCAUGUCACAGCCAAGGGGUUCCUGUUGCGAUGAUGCUAACUGCAAAGCUCAUAAACCUUGGGGUAGUGACCUCGGCGAAGAUUGGUGUCUGUGCUAUGGCUGGUGUCUCACUUGGGCCAUUCACAGAUUAUAAGUCACGACUAUUUAGCGGCAGCGCUGCGGAACUGUUCGACUUCGCAGACCCGGACAGUGACGUUUCUCGGAGCUACCACGAGUCUCUUGGUGUUGCCCUGAAAUAUGGGGUGCGAGUAACUUAUGUCGGCAGCAUUGAUGAUCAGCUUGUUUCUCUAGAGUCGGCUGUGUUCUCACCAGUGGAUCACCCCUACAUCUACCGUUCAGUUUUUGUAGAUGGCCGCAUCCAUGCUCCCGAUUUCAUCACAAAUCUGGUAGGUUUCGCUUUGAAAUUGCGGAACCUAGGAGUAUCAGAUCAUCAACUCAUCAAGGCGCUUUCCGCCCCAUUAGCUGGUAGUCUUUAUAGUGGCGAAGGGCAUUCAAGGCUGUAUGACGAAGAGGCCAUUUAUGACUUAAGUGUCCAAUUUGCGCUGGAGACGACAUCAGUCGGUCAAAAUGUUGAUCUAAAGGUCCAAAGGAGUGCGGCAACUAGCAGCUCUAAUCCCUUCCAGUUACCUUGGAGUAUGAGAGGGCUGCUAGAAGAAGAUGUUGUUAAAACGGAGCUAGACCAGGAGGCUAAGGAGCUUCUAUUGCAGUUUGAGGAGUGGAAGCCCACUACUAAGGUAUUGAAGGAUGUCAAGUAUAGACUUGAGGUUAUUAAAUCAAAGCUAUGACUGGUCGCGUUGCGGAUGGUGUCUGGAGUUAAGCAUAUUACAUUCGGAAAAUACCCAGGGAUUCUGCACAAUUAGAGGCGGCAUGCUAUUUAUUUUAUUAUUUCAAAUUAGAGG